AUGGCUGCUAAGGGAAGAAAAAUACCAAAUUAUUCACAGGGCAAUGAAGAAAUUCGUAAUAGUGUAGCGAUGAGUUAUUUAGCGGAAAGUGAAGCGCCACGGGACUUUAGAGUUUCCUCCACAGAAAGUGAUGGACAUUAUACAAAAUGUGUUCUUUGCUACACGGUUAAAAGAAAUUUCUAUUGCGCAGAAUGUGUGAGAAGUGGUAAUUUCGUGCACUCGUCAUUGCCUUAUUCAGAUAAAUUCUCCGACAAGCAAGUAAAGUUAAUGAGAUUAAAGUUAAAUAGGCAGCAUAUAUUGGACAGAUGUGAAAAGUUGCUAGCACCAAAAAUAAAAAAGGACAUCCUGGUGACAGAAACAAAGAGGUCCAGGGACAAGUUAAACUUGUUACGUUUAGCUAUAGACCAAAGAAAGGACAAUAUUAGUGCAAUAAAAAAGGAACUGAGUGAUUUAGUGACUUAUAACAAUGAGUUAAGGUUGAAAUUGCCAAGGUAUCAAAAGCGAGUGUCGAGCUUGGGAAAGCAUGCUCAGUCACAACAAUUUGAGCUGCAAAAGAAAAUCAGUACGUUCAAUGAUCAGGCGCAGACGCUGGCGGCAUUGAGGCGCUCUAGAAUACGGCAGCUGACUAGAUAUAUCUUCCCAGUAUAUAUCAGUUAUGAUUCCAGUGACAGCAUAGAAGAUAUGGAGUUUGUUGGUGAUGAUGCUGAGGAAGAACCACCGAGAAGACCCCAGCUGCACAUUGUAGCUCCAUAUAUUGAUGUUGACGGGGACUAUUCUAAUGUUCAGGCUUGGGCGUCGGCGAAGGCGGAGGCGGGCGGCGUGGCGCCGUGGGCCAACCCGCUGCACCGCAGCAGCGCCGCGCUCGGCCUGUGCGCGCAGCUGCUGGCGCUGCUCGCCUGGACGCUCGACGUGCGCCUGCCGCACGCCAUCGCGCUCGGCGAGGUGGCGGAGGGCGGCGCGCUGCGCUGGCGCUGGGCGUGGCGGCGCGUGGCGGCGGCGGGCGGCGCCGUCGUGCGGGCGCGCGUGUCGGAGAGCGCGUACGCGUCGUGGGCGGGCGCGCUGGGCGCGGAGGCCGAGCCCGACGAGCCCGAGCCGCCCGAGCACCUCUCCUGGCCCGACUCCGCGCAGCUGGAGCUGGAGGAGGCGAGCAGCAGCCCGCCGGCCGCGCCCUCGCUGGUCACCUCGGCCGCCGCCUCCAUCGCCUCCAUCUGGCGCGGCUGGAACAAGUGACACACACACUCUCAGACACACACACACACACACACACAUACACACUCGCACACACACAACUGGACUCUCGUUUCGAUCACGCACACAUACGAUAAUCCCCAACGCUAAGCGGCCGGGCUAAAGUUGUCACUUGUGUAACCCUACUCAUGUAUGUUCUUAAUACUCUGGUAGAAGCGAUAUUAUACGUUCUACUGGAACUUUUCAUUCGUUUACCAUUCCAAUAUGAAUAAAAUAAAGAUGUGUGCGCACACAUCUUCUAACCACACAAACACACACACACACACACACGCACACACACACGACGCAUACGCAAAUUGAAAGUACAUUCAUUGAUGCAUUAAUUUUAGAAUUAUUUAUUUUAUUUGAGUAAAUUGAUACGUUCAUGAACCUAUUUAAUAGGCAUGCUUUAACAUAUUAAAACAAUUGUCAAUAUAACUGCGAUAUAUACUGAGUUUUAAUUACAUCAAAUUAUAUAAAUGUUGAUUUAAUAAAGCUAAAAUAAAUUAAAUUACUUAGAAUUUAAUUCCCUCUGGAAGUUAUUAUAUGGCAAUAAUCCAACAAUGACAAAGUUUAGCGUCAUUUUAUUGAGCAUAUACCAUAGACCUAUCAGCACUUAGAAAAACUAUAGUAAUAAAAAUUCACUGGAAAUACAAGUAUUCACAAAAUCAAGAAGCACGAAAAACAUCAGUCACAUAGUAAUUAAAUGGAUUAGAAAGACUUAACUUUGAACCUUAUAAUAAAAUAAUUUUAGCUUAUACCCAAAUAACAUUAACUCCUCCCACUUCCAAAUAAUGGAAUGUUUCUUAGUCAUAUUUUAAUUGUACAUAUAUUUUUUUAGUUUGUAAUUUAAUAUAUAAAAUAGCGUAUAUUGGUCUGUUUUAAUUUUCAAUCUUGUCAAUUACGGGUAUAAUGUGAUACGGACAAAAUUGUGGGAACUGACGAAAGCUGCAGAUUGAUAAAACUGCGAAAAAAAAAUCUCAAAAUGAGUCUUAUAAGAAACUUAUUAUUCGUUUGUUGAUCUUUAAGUCGCAUUACAUUAUAAACUGUGCCAAACAUAAACAGAGUGAAUGAGUAAGCAAGCUAUAUGAAUGCUCAUGCACGAGAGAGACAACAUGCGAAUUCGAGUAAGUCUAAUGUCAGGUGUCUGUUGGCGCGUAUUUUGACAUAUUCUUUGCGUCUGAAUGAACUCUAGUUAUUUUGACUCAUUUAAAUAUUAAGGGACAAAAAAUGGUUCUGUCUCUUGUCGUAUACAUAUUUCAUAUGUAUUUAUGAUUGGAUCAAAGAUAUAUUACAGUUUUUCCCCGCAGACCACAUACUAAAUCGUCAAUAUGUAAAAAAAAUAUCUUAAUUAUUUUCAAUUAAGUCAUUUAAUAAUAUUUAAUCGUUUUGUGUCACAAACUUAGUGCCAAGCACUUACUCUGUACUUCGAAUGUGACGGGGCUUAUAUUUCUAGCAAUACGAAAACUUCUGAAACACUAGCACAAUUGCUUACAUGCUAAUGCAUGCCGUUUCACAUAAUUCAAAGCAAAAGAAAGAGAUGGAGUAUUUAUUUUCCAUUUACCUUGCAAUUUGCAAUAAUUACAGUGUAGUUGUUAAGAUUGCUUUAUGAAACAUACUGAGCGUGUUUUAAGCUUUAAUAUUGUUGAAUAUAAAUAUAUAUUUAUAGACGUAGAUAGCGAAAUUGAGUUUGUUUAUUUUGUGAUUAUGUAAAUAAAUUUUUGAUCUUUUUUACUCAGAA